GUUUGCAAAUCGUUUUGUUAGGUACUAUUCAGUUCCUUCAGCCAUGAAUGACCCGAACAGGAAGAUAGACAUCGAUAAAUCAUCGCUUCUCAGCUUGAAGGCAGAAUUGCUCCGUAAACAGGAGGAAGUAUCCCGAGCCAAAGCAUGCUCCUCAAUCGAUGAUUUCGUACCGAAGAAAGCUCCCAAACCGGAAAAGCCGCCGUCCUCCUCGGUCGAGGCGAAAAAACAGUCAUCUUCAGCGAAAGGCAAGAAUGCACCUUUUGAGCUGGAAGAUUCCGCCGAAUUGGCUCGUUCGAAAAAGAUCCUUGAGUCGAAAGCAAAAUACUAUGAGCGCAUGGUGCAAUCCGGUGGAUCGCUCAACAGUGACGAACAAUGUUUGGUGAUGUUCAAUCAGAAGAAACAAACCGAUAAACCGAUGCCAGAGAAUUAUUACAGUAGCUCGGAUAAUCAUUCGUCAUCUGAUGAGGAUGAGCCUCCCAGGAAUCGUGUACUAUUCAGUUCAAAAUUAGAUGAAAAUUGGGUUGAAUAUACGGAUUAUCUAGGGCGGAGUCGUAAAUGUAAGAAGCAAGAUUUGGAAGAAUGUCUACGAAAGGACAGAGAGUUGGGACGGGAUACUAAGAAGGAUGUGGUUGAGGAUGAAGAGGAAGGAGAAGUAAUUGGUCCCGUUCCAUCGAUGGCCAUCACUGAGGAAACCAUUGGUGAACGGUUUCGCGAGAUGCGCGGACAGUGGGCCAAACAGGAGGAGGAAAACUUGGAUAAGGAUUCAGUGCACUAUCAGGAUGUGCUGUUUGAUGAGGCUCGGCAGCAUGGCGUCGGUUACUAUGCAUUUUCGACUGACCGUGAGGAAAGAAACCGCCAACAGCACGAGCUAGACUCGAUUCGCGAUGCAACCUUGGAAGCCCAACAGGAGCGGGAAGAUUUGCGCAAAGCACGCGACAAUAUAAUUGCCGACCGGAUGAAGGCGGCCAAAGCACGGCAACGGGCUCGACUGGGGUUGCCACCGGAAGAGGAGAAGGAGGAGCCGGAGCCGCAAAAGGAACCGCAGCAAUCGGAUGCUAAAGAAGAUGCACUGUACGAUAUGAGCGAGGAGAAGAAACGGCUAAAGGCGGAGGCUAAGGCGCAGAAGAAAAGGGAGAAGGAAGAACGCAAAAAGGAACGCGAACGUCAAAAACACGUUCGACCUUGGGACGCAGGGAAACACAAGGACGAAGAUAUGGAGUGGAAACCAGCUAGAGAAUGGCACGUUAUGUCUCAGGAGGAGUGGAAUGAGAUGAAACGAAAAGAACGGAUAGAUGAGUUUGCUCCACCUGUCGAUUAUAGAUCGAAAGUGGGACGAGGGUGGCAAAAUCCUUCCCUGGAACCAAGCUACGUUGAAGACAGAUCUGGGCAAAACGAGCAUGAUGAUUCUGAUGCGGAUGGGGAAAAACAGAUUGGUCCGCUUCCUAGUGAUCGAUUUUAUGACAGAGAAGAUAGCACGGCUAAUAAUCCACUUUUGCUGUCGUCGUUGUCCGGAGCUGCACAAGAUGAGGAUGUCAGCAUGCCUACCAUCCCGGGAACGGAGAACGACAUCGUUCUCCCGGAAGAAACCAACCGUACGCUGUUUUUCACCACCAAGAAGACGAAGAAGGAAUUUAAACGACGGAAUUAUGAUGCAUCGUGUGACGAUGCCGGGUCGGAAAAACGAUCCAAACCACAGCAGAAAGCAGUACCAAUACGAAAUGAAUUGAGCGAUGACUCUGGCGAAGAGAAGGAGGCAUACAGACGAGAGGGAACCGGGGCGGAAAUACCUCCACCUCCCACGUUCGAGUAUUACGGUCCGAUCUCGUCAACGGUAAAGCAAAACCAACGUAGAGCACCCCCGGUUUCGAAAAAUGUCCUGGAGGCAUCAAUCGAGGCUGGCUUACGGUUUUUGCGGGAUCAAUCUGAUAAGAGUGGACCCAGCACAGGUACCAAGAAUAGAUGGACAUCGAAUGCGGAUUAUUGAGUUGCACGGUGAGUUGAAUGUGAAUAAAGAUGCAUUAUUUUCAUAA